AUGAGCGGCCCUCAGUCCCUCUCCACGCAAGGCGGCAUUUCUGAUCCCGCCUUGAUCACGCUCGUGAACAAGCUUCAAGAUGUCUUCACAACAGUCGGUGUCACCAACCCCAUCGAUCUGCCUCAAAUAGUCGUCGUCGGCAGUCAGUCUAGCGGAAAGAGUUCCGUCUUGGAGAACAUCGUCGGAAGAGACUUUUUGCCUCGAGGCUCUGGCAUCGUCACCCGUCGACCCCUCGUUCUCCAGCUCAUCAACCGCCCCGCGACUUCCCAAUCCAACGGCGUCGAGGAGCUUGCCGACACCAACGACAAGGCAGCAAACGCCGACGAAUGGGGCGAAUUCCUCCACAUCCCCGGCCAGAAGUUCUACGACUUCAACAAGAUCCGCGAUGAGAUCAGCAGAGAAACCGAGGCCAAGGUCGGCCGCAACGCCGGCAUCUCCCCCGCUCCCAUCAACCUCCGAAUCUACUCCCCGAACGUCCUCACCCUGACCCUCGUCGAUUUGCCCGGUCUGACGCGCGUGCCUGUCGGUGACCAGCCCCGAGACAUCGAGCGCCAGAUCCGCGACAUGAUUCUCAAGUUCAUUUCCAAGUCCAACGCCAUUAUCCUCGCCGUCACCGCCGCCAACAUCGACUUGGCCAACUCUGACGGACUCAAGCUUGCCCGUGAGGUUGACCCCGAGGGUCAAAGGACGAUUGGUGUCCUUACCAAGGUCGAUCUCAUGGACGAAGGAACCGACGUUGUGGAUAUCCUGGCUGGUCGUAUUAUUCCUCUGCGACUUGGUUACGUCCCCGUUGUCAACCGUGGUCAGCGUGACAUUGACAACAAGAAGCCUAUUACCGCUGCCUUGGAGAACGAGAAGAAUUUCUUUGAGAACCACAAGGCGUACCGAAACAAAAGCUCAUACUGCGGUACCCCUUACCUGGCUAGGAAGCUCAACCUUAUUCUCAUGAUGCACAUCAAGCAGACAUUGCCCGACAUCAAGGCCCGCAUCUCCAGCUCCCUGUCCAAGUACGCGGCAGAAUUGGAGAGCUUGGGACCAAGCAUGCUCGGCAACAGCGGAAACAUUGUGCUCAACAUCAUCACCGAAUUCACCAACGAGUGGCGGACAGUGCUGGACGGAAACAACACGGAGCUCUCGAGCACGGAACUGUCAGGUGGUGCAAGAAUCAGCUUCGUUUUCCACGAGCUGUACUCCAACGGUGUUAAGGCGGUGGAUCCCUUUGACGUGGUGAAGGAUGUGGAUAUCCGCACUAUCCUCUACAACUCCUCUGGUUCCUCCCCAGCGCUGUUCGUCGGCACCACUGCUUUCGAGCUCAUUGUGAAGCAGCAGAUUAAGCGCUUGGAAGACCCCAGCUUGAAGUGUGUAUCCCUGGUCUACGACGAGCUGGUGCGCAUCCUGUCGCAGCUUCUUGGUAAGACACUCUACCGCAGAUAUCCUCAGCUGAAGGAGAAGGUCCACGCGGUUGUCAUCAACUUCUUUAAGAAGGCUAUGGAGCCUACCAACAAGCUGGUCAAGGAUCUGGUGGCGAUGGAGGCAUGCUACAUCAACACUGGCCACCCUGACUUUUUGAACGGCCAUCGCGCCAUGGCCAUCGUCAACGAGCGUUACAACCCCGCCAAGCCUGUCCAGGUCGAUCCCAAGACGGGCAAGCCCCUCCCGGGUGGCACACCUAGAGCAUCCAGCCCUGUCGUUCCCGAGGAUACCUCAAACUCUGGUUUCUUUGGUAGCUUCUUCGCUGCCAAGAACAAGAAGAAGGCUGCGGCGAUGGACGCGCCGCCGCCAACACUCAAGGCCUCUGGAACGCUUUCCGAGCGGGAGAACAUCGAGGUUGAGGUUAUCAAGCUGCUCAUCUCUUCUUACUACAACAUUGUUAAGAGAACCAUGAUUGACAUGGUUCCCAAGGCUAUCAUGCUGACCCUCGUUCAAUUUACCAAGGACGAGAUGCAGAAGGAGCUUUUGGAGAAUAUGUACCGCAGCGACACCUUGGAUGACCUCCUCAAAGAGAGUGACUUCACCAUCCGCAGAAGAAAGGAGUGCCAGCAAAUGGUCGAGUCCCUCGGCAAGGCCAGCGAGAUCGUCAGCCAGGUCCAGUAA